AUCAUUGGCGUUUGUUGAACGGCAACUUCCUUGUAAUCUAAAUAAAAGGACGCGACAAAAGAUUUUGUACCACAGUUGUUACAUUCGCCAUAUCCGCAAAUUUUCGUGAGCGAUCGGUUUUGAGGAGACAAACAAAAUGAAUCCUAAGCUCCUUAUUAUUUUGCUUGCUUGUCUUUGGUAUGUAGAUGGUUGUGACAGAACUUGUCACGGUGGUUCUCACAACUGUAACAACAAGCAGAAGAGGGAAAUGGAAACAUCUACAAACAUACAACUGGUGGGGUCCAAAUACACCGUCAAGCUACCAGAAAACCCAUGCCAUUUUAAUACGUACGAUGCCGACCAUGAUGGCAAAAUAAGCGAGGGAGAACUGUUUGGUGUUCUUGGUAUUGACAAGAUACCAGUAUCUGUGUUGAAGGAUCUUGAUGUAGUGACAGAUCAUGGAGUUAUAACAAAAGAGGCAUUUGACGCCAAAGUAUCUCAAGUAAUACCUCAAUGUGGGCGUUCUGAUUAGUUCUCACAUUGACCAUUGUACCGGAUAUACAGACUGUUUCCCGUUUAUGCAUCCAUGAAAAUAACUAUGAACUAACAUGAUUUUUUAAUGAAUUACAUGUUACAUUGUAACAUUUUAUAAAAAAUAUCAUUGAAACAAUUUAAUUUACAAUUUACAAUUCAAUAUUCACACAUCCACAAUAUUGUUAGAAUAACAGAUACAUUUGUGGUGUCGUCACUGAGUGAGAGUUAUACACUAAUUAAACAUAAAUCAUCUGAUGAUCAUUUACCUUUUCCAAUAAACAUGUUGUACAUAAAAUCAAAUAAAGCGGUGCAGAUAUAAUACCGA